CGAGUAACUAUUUAUUGAUUAUGGCAGUUAAUUUAUUUUCACUGCUUUACUGUGGCAGAUGGCUGUAAGAACUUAACAUGGAGAUGAAACUAACUAAGCCGUCGAUCACUCAAUACUCGUGAGACGUGAAGUAUAAUGCUAAUCGACGUAAAAUUACAGAAAAACCCUUCUGGUUCCUCGUCGCCGUUCGUCCUCAUCUCCGUCCUCCCUUUUCCCCUAAUUCAUUUCUAGGUUUUCCCAUCCCAAAUCAAAUCUCUCAAGUAAAGAAUACGAAUAAAAAGAACGAUUUUUUCUUCUUUCUUUUACUGAAUGUCAUCUUGAUUUCAUCUCUUCUCUCCCACGCACUCACACAGUUGGGUCAGAAGGGGAAACGAUUUUGUUCGAACGAGAAGCGAAGCUAUGGCGCAGGAGAAUGACGCCAUCGGAUUCUACUUCCUCGACUUAUGGCGUCUCCACUCGAAAUCCGCUGCCUCAGCCGCCGCCGCCACCACCUCGAGUUCCGCAUCCGGAUUGUCGCCGGAGGACUCGGAGUUCGAGGAGGAACCGACGGAAUUGGACACCGUGAACAGCUCGGGAGGGUUUUCUUUGGUUGGAGCUGAUAAGUUGUCGGUCCAGUAUCCCAGUGUGAAUCUUCACGGCCACGAUGUCGGCGUGGUUCAGGCCAAUAAGCCGGCGCCGUCGAAGCGGUUGAUUUAUUACUUUGAGAUCUAUGUGAAGAAUGCCGGCGCGAGAGGGCAGAUUGCUAUUGGUUUCACCUCCCCUGGCUUUAAAAUGCGCCGCCAACCUGGUUGGGAAGCAAACAGUUACGGAUAUCAUGGAGAUGAUGGUUUACUUUAUCGAGGACAUGGAAAAGGAGAGUCAUUUGGCCCAACAUAUUCAACUGGAGACACUGUUGGUGGUGGAAUCAACUAUGCUGCACAAGAGUUCUUUUUCACGAAAAACGGGAUGAUAGUGGGAAAUGUGCAGAAGGAUGUGAAAGGUCCACUCUUUCCUACGGUUGCUGUUCAUAGCCAAUAUGAAGAAGUUCUUGUAAACUUUGGGCAGGAGCAAUUUGCUUUUGAUCUUAAGGCAUUUGAAGCAGAGGAACGAGCUAAACAGCAGGCAACAAUUGACAACGUAGCUAUACCGCAGAAUGCCAGUUAUGGAAUUGUUCGUUCGUACUUGCAAUAUUAUGGAUAUGAAGAAACUCUUGAACUAUUUGAUAUGUCUAGCAAAAGUACCCUUCCACCCAUUUCAUUAGCUGAGGAGAAUGGAUGCACUGGGGAAGGAAACUCGUAUGCCAUAGAUCACAGAAAGACCCUUCGUCAGCUGAUAAGGAGAGGUGAGAUCGAUGAUGCUUUCUGCAAGCUUCAGCAAUGGUAUCCUCACCUUGUGCAGGAUGACAAAUCAGCUCUAUGCUUUCUGCUUCACUGUCAAAAAUUUAUUGAGCUCGUUCGGGUUGGAAGAUUGGAAGAUGCUGUGGCCUUUGGCAGAACUGAAUUUGAAAAGUUCUACAGGUUGACCGAGGUUCAUGAUCUGGUCAAGGUACCCUGAUUUUCUUUCAACAUUUCCCAUUGCUAGGUUGAUUCAGAUUUCAGAAGACUAAAUUAAGAUUGAAGCCUAAUUAAGCUCUUGGUGUUAGUUCCUUCACUACUUAACCAUCUAAUUUUUACCUUAAUGGUAACUGUAGAAUGGCGAUUUAGGUCAACAACGAAAAUACCAGCUUUCCUAUUUCCUUUCGCCCCCAUUUUACCCCCAUUUUUUGACGGAAAGGUUGUUCGAUGAGUAUUCUGAAAUGUUACGAUUCUGUUGGCUGGUUGAAUUUGUGUCUCUAUCCUUCUAUAUUAUCAAAUAACAUCGGGCUUUCCUUUCUGGGAUAAAAUUAUGAUUUGUUUUAGGGCAUUAGAUAAUGUUUUGAGUAUUUGUUAUGCUUUAUGUACUUUGUGUGUGGGCUUUUUCUACUAUUUAGUGUUUCCAUUAUGCUUCCUCUUUCACUCUCUAGGACUGUGCUGCUUUGCUGGCAUAUGAGCAGCCUCUGAAGUCCUCAGUUGGAUACCUGCUUGGAGAUUCUCAGAGGGAGAUUGUGGCAGACGCAGUUAAUGCCAUGGUUUUAUCAACAAAUCCUAAUAUCAAAGACUCGAAAAUUUGCUUGCAUUCUUGCCUUGAGAGAUUAUUGAGGCAGCUAACCACGUGCUUCCUGGAGAAGAGGUCCUUGAAUGGUGAUCAGGGUGAAGCUUUUGACCUGCGACGAAUACUCAGUACAUACAAGAAAGCAUAAUGUCUCUCGUUGAUGUGUAUAUCAUUACCUCUUUCCCUGUGUACAUAUUGAGCCAGCCAGAUCAUUUACGGCAUCUGAGGGGCUUUUUCUGUAUCUGUUGAUGCUAAGAUUUUUCAUCUUGAUGACAUGGUGUAUCCUUUUUUAAACUGUAAAGUUCUUAGUCCUCGCAACAUAAGCCAUCAAAGGAAGAUCGUAGAUCAGAUGUCUCCUCCAGUUGUUUUCAGGUUCUCAGGUUAAUCAAUUAAAAAUCUUGGGAUUCUUUCGUCUACAGGAUACUUUCGUGCAUCUGCAAAAUUGCAAUUGAUCGGCGAAUGAGCUCCGUGAAUUCAAACGUAGGAUGUGUGCCGUGCCUAAUAAUGAGAAAAAUGCUUAAUCGUCAAUUAUUGUUGUGUAAUUUAACUAAUGAAACGAGUAGAAGAUGUAUUCUUGUAAUUAUAAAAAGCAUCUACUCUCACCCAAAAAAAUUUGUGUUUGAUGCCUUCAAGAGUAUACUCUAACCUGAAACUACUCCGGUCAACUUCUAGGAAAAAUGUCCAAAAGGAACUGUACAGAUUUUCCAAAAAUAACUAAAAUGUAAGAUUUACAUAGCAUAAUUGGACCGAGG